AUGGGCCAUUCCAAGACUACUACCGCCCAAGAUCCCAGAAUCUCUACGAAUACCGGCCCAGAAGUAUUGGACUUGGAACAGAAUCCAGGGACAGUCGAGGACAAGGAGAAAAAAUCGAAGGUUGAGGAACAGCAAACCCCUGAAGACCAACUAGAAGUUGACCCUACUGAGCCAAAGACAAAGAAGUCACUGUCCUUCAAACUUGCCUUCAUAGGCCUCGCGACGAGCUUAUUCGUCUUUCAAGUCGAUGCAACCUGCCUGGGCAUUGCCCUUCCGACUAUAUCCGGUGACUUGCAUGGCACGAGUCUAGAGUCCUUCUGGGCUAGUUUGGCCUACACUCUUUGCGGCUUGGUCAUCCAACCAAUAUGGGCCAGUAUCUCCAAUACCUUUGGUCGAAAGCCCCCCUUCUACACCUCUAUGGGGCUGUUCUUUAUCGGUUCUAUUGUAUUUGCGACUGCACAGAACAUGAAUACCAUCAUUGUCGGACGGGUCCUUCAAGGCCUCGGUGGAGGAGGAAUUGACGUUCUGGCAGAGGUCAUUCUCGCAGAUAUGACCACGCUGGAGGAACGAUCGACAUAUCUCGGCUUGAUGGCCAUUCCGUCUGCUGUUGGAAAUAUUAUGGGGCCCACUGUCGGCGCUCUCUUUUCGAACUAUGCUAGCUGGAGAUGGGUUGGAUGGAUCAAUCUUCCGUUUUUGGGAAUCGGAGCGCCAUUACUGUUCUUCUUCCUCAAGCUUCGGCCUGUACCACUCGGUGCUACGCUUGCUCCAAACUUGAAGCGCGUCGAUUGGAUUGGCACGUUGCUUGUCAUUAUCGGAGUCACGGCUUUCGUUGUGCCACUCAGCUGGGCUGGAGUUGCUGUCAUCAUCGUAUUCGUCCUCUACGAAGCUAAACCCGCGGAACCAAUUAUCCCCCAUCGGCUUUUCCACUCAAGGACAGGAAAUGUGACUUUGUUGGGAGGCUUCAUUCAUGGCAUAAUCUUGGUCUCCCUACUGCAAUACUUGCCCUUGCUUUAUCAAGCCGUGGAGCUCGAGACUGCAAUCUCAUCGGCCGUCUCUCUCCUGCCUACCAGCAUUAUCAGCGUGGUAUUUGCAGCUGUCGCAAUGCUGAUGGUGCCGCUGUUUGGAGGAUACGUCUGGCUUUUACGGCUUUCAUGGAUCAUUCUCACGAUUGGCACGGGCAUACUAGCAUUAUUGAAAGUGGGGUCUUCAUCGUCUAUGCAAUACGGGCUUCCCAUCCUCUGGGGACAAGGUGUUGCCUUACUACGUCUGAACCUUCUUCCUAUGCAAGCGAGCGUGAAGAAUGUGGACGACACAGGCCUGGCUAUUGCACAAUUUCUUUCUAUUCGUAUGUUUGGCGGUCUUGUCGGUCUUACUAUCUCUUCGGCCAUUUUCAAUAGUGUCUUUUCAACAUCUAUCAAGGAUACUGCAGUCGAACUGACAGGAGUUUUGGUGCCGUUGAACGAUGCCUCUAACGCAGUGAACUUUAUUGAUAAGUUGAGGUCACUAAAUGUCUCUCAAACGACGCUGGAUCAGGUCUUGAGAGUCUACCUGAAGUGUUUCCAGACAAUCUUCUAUACCAUGACUGGUUUGAGUGGACUGGGCUUGGUGACUUCGAUAUUUUUAGAUGAGAUUGAUUUGAAGAGCAAGAAGGGUUUGGGAAAUCAACGCUUUGAAGAUUAG